AUGUUGGACCGCCACCUUCGUGAAGACAGGCACCCCGCACAUUCAGCUGAGGUGCCGGAAAAUAUGGUGCCCCUCAGAAUCGACGUAUAUAACGGCAUGGACUUUCCUAAAACUUUAUGGACGCUUUUCUUGCAUGAGGACAUCAUCGCUAAAACCCUUGCGUAUGAACGAGAUCUCAAGACGUAUCGGUUGAAUGAGAUUAAGGCUGGUCUCGCGGAUCCUGGAAGACCGACAUAUGACGAAGUGUUUGGGGGAUGUAGGGAAAAUUUGCACCGUUGGCAUUGUGCUCCCAUAGUAUGCGCAUUCGGAGAUGUGCAAACGUAUCCGAUGCACAUCUAUACGGCAGAUGACUGUCCUGGCAUUGAGCCGUACUCCAGUAACCAAAUUCCCCCUAUCAAAACGUUGCUAUCCAUCCCGUUCUCCCUCCUCCACAGCCUCCCUCGGUUGACUUCAAUAGUAUCCUCAAGUAAAUAUCACAGCGACCUUGUUACGAUGGGACAAGAAAUUGUAAGCUUAUGGUAUUGGGAUCCUCUCCCGACUCGGAGCUACGAGGAUCAAUUCAACACAUCUGUCAAUAAUCCAUGCAAUGCCUUACCGGUUCCCAUAUCUAACCGAUCUGAUACUUUCGAGGCAUUGCGGCCCUCUGCUCAUGACAAGGACCAUCAACAGGCCGAUCCCAUGCAAGCUAGGCCAACAUUCCAGUCUUCUUCUCGUCUGGAUUUGGAAGAGACGACGCCUGGUACAUGUCAAGGCUCCGAAGCUGGACUUCAGUCUUCGACUGACUCAGAUAGUCUGGACAGGUCUUGGGUUACUGGGGAUGCUGACUUUGGAUUUUUUGGAUACAGUGAAUGUUCUUCUUCAACGGGCGAGGUGAAGCCUUUGAGCGAGCUACGCUCGUCGGACAUCUUGACAUGGGCCAACAACGUCAUCGGUGGUGAGGAGAAAAUGCUGCCUCUUAUUGCGACCCCGUAUGAGAAGGGUAUCGUGGGCGGGUCUGCAAAUGAUGUACUCAUGGUCAAGGGGUUGAUACACCCGCUUGUGUAUAUUGACUACGUCGAUCUGGAAAAAUUCUCUUAUCAAGUUUUGUGA